GCUACUUUCCAUACUAUGUACUGCACUAUGCAAGUGCUACAAGUGUAGAGGUCUCUCUGAAGUAUGUCCUUGCUGACAGAAAACCUUUUCCUCGUUGCCAUGAAAACUGGCAUGACAAGAUUAGCAUAUUCCAAGGAUUUUGAAAACGGAAAAUGCUGAAUCCACUCUGUUGUACUCGUGUAUAUUCGGUCUGAUUUUGGAAUUUUGCAGCUGCAGCUAUCAGGAUGUCAAAUGUGCUGGAGCCAUAUAAUGUAUUCUGAGAUGUAUUCUUCUACGUCUGUGCGUUCUUUUCAGAGCAUUGGGCGCUGAUUUGGAUUGUUCCACCGCGUUACACACAGGCAUCUCAAUCGGAACACCGAUGUCUUAUUCCUAGGCUGUUCCAUUAUUGUUCUUAUAAGUAAACUAUUAAUGGUUGAGUUUUAUUUAUUUAAUUAAUCUUACAAUGGGGAAUAGUUAUUCAAACUUGGCUGCAUUUCAGUCUCUACAUAUUGUCAUGCUGGGCUUAGAUUCCGCUGGUAAAACGACUGUUCUAUACCGUCUGAAAUUCAACGAAUUCGUGAACACUGUUCCCACGAUUGGUUUCAACACGGAAAAGAUUAAACUAAGCAAUGGAACUGCUAAGGGAAUAAGUUGUCAUUUUUGGGACGUCGGUGGACAGGAGAAGCUGAGGCCUUUGUGGAAACCGUACAGUCGUUGCACCGAUGGUAUAAUUUAUGUUGUGGACUCGGUUGAUGUGGACAGACUUGAAGAAGCAAAAACGGAACUGCAUAAAAUAACAAAAUUCGCAGAGAACCAAGGGACUCCUCUACUAGUAAUAGCCAACAAGCAGGACCUUCCCAAGUCUCUGUCUGUUAGUGAGAUUGAGAAACAACUGGCACUGCACGAACUGAGCACCUCCACACCCUAUCAUGUUCAACCUGCAUGUGCCAUCAUAGGAGAAGGUCUUCACGACGGGAUGGACAAGUUAUAUGACAUGAUUGUAAAGAGAAGAAAAUCUCUGAAACAAAAGAAAAAGCGAUAAUGAUAUUUUUCUUCAUACACUGUGACUGACCAUUUCCACAUUCUUGAGGCAAAAACUCCACAAGAUGUAUAUGUGUAGAAAUAUGAUUUUAUGCUUUUUUCUCACCUUGACGGCCCUUACAUCUGUAAAAACGUGUUUGAUGAACACCAUAUCGGCACUUCCCUCCUUUUUGGACACUAUUUUUCACAGACAAAAUGAACAACGGGCUGGCACCUGUACAGUUAUCCCUGCUAAAUCCAUGCUCUUCUUGACUGCAGUUUGUUACUAUACAGCACUUGUGGACAGCACACAGUAGCUAUAUUCUCACAGAAUCCCAUAAUAUGAAUUGGAUUUCAAUUCAAGAAUAUGCAUUUCUAUAUUGCUAUUCACUUGGCAUGUUAUGUUGGUUGUUAAACGUUUUACUGUCCAUUUUAACAUAUUUACCUACUUUUUAUACCUGGACUAAUUUGUUUUAUUACAAUAUAGAAGCCCUUGUAGUAUUACCAUAUCUGGUAAAACACUAUUUUAGCUUCCACAACAGGCAAUGGAUAGGUAAAUACAUCCUAUGUAUUACUACAAUGUUCAGAAUAAUUACUUAUAAAUGUGUCAGAAAGUUUUCCUUUUUUAUUAAAAUGUUUCUGAAGCAUGG